AUGCAAAUUUGUGUCAUUGCAUUUGUUUGUCUUUUCGUUGAUAUUUCUGUCAGUUUACCAUUUUUAUUGAAUAAAAAUGUCUGUUCGGGCUGUGCAUGUGAAAUAAAGAUGCAACGGAUAGUGAUACGGAGUUUCGGAUAUCCUGCGCAGCUUCAGGCCGAAGCGCUGAAUGUCAGCCUCAAGAUGGAUCCGAUAUCUAUCUAG